AUGUCCGGUGUAAUACACAACAACACGGCUGCGGCCUUCCAAGGCUUCUCAAUCUCGCAGCCCUUCCUCGGCGCUGCUCUGCAGUUCUACCCGGAGAUGGGUACUCAGCAACUGGACGACCUCAUUAAUGCUUACGUCCCGGGCUCUGCCUCCAUCUUGGAGAAGCGUGCUACUGUUUCCAUGGACUUCUUCGCCUACUCCCAGCUCACAGGAGAGACCUUCAAGUACUACGCCAUCGCUGGCCAGUCCUUCAGCUCCACGACUUCGUCCGCCGGGUCCAGCCCCAUGCAGGACUCCAGCUAUAGCUCCAGCUUCGUCUCCCCCGUCAUCUCCGACUGGAGCUGGUCUCAGUCGACCCCCAGCUCGGCUUCCGCAUCAACUCCAGCCUCGGUAACCCACGAGGCAAUGUCUUCCAAGCCCUCGAAGAAGGCUGCCUCGUCGGCGGCAAAGUCUCAAGCCGGCGACUUCUCUCAUCUCCCUGGCAUGAAGAUCAUGACCAAGGAUGGCCGCGAUGUCACGAACUCUGCCUCCCGUGGUUGCAAGACCAAGGAGCAGCGUGAUCACGCCCAUCUGAUGCGCAUUAUCAAGGCUUGCGACGCUUGUAAGAAGAAGAAAGUCCGCUGCGACCCCAGCCAUAAGAAGCGCAAUGCCACUCAGUCUCAGGGUACCAGUACUAGUGCCACUCCGGCGCGUUUGGCGAAGAAGUUUAAGAAGUCUGCAAAGGAUUCACAGGCUGUUACUGAAAAGUCACCACAACGGAACACAGUAUCUACAGCACUAUCGUUGGUUUCAGAACAGCCAUUUGCCGGUCUUGAGAUUCCUGACAUGUCAAUCGACCUUCCCGAGUCAUGGGAGUCUUUCGUUCAGUUUGAUGAAGAGUCUAUCGACUUUGCAUCUAGCAACUACGAUUUCUUCUUCGACCCAGCUGGCCACCUCAGUCCCAACUCGAACCAAUCUCCCACCACGCCCUCAAAGGAAUUCGCCCAGCCGCAGGGUAGCCUCAACACCCAGCCGAACCCCGAUGUCAGCAAACCAUUCCCCGACGAGCUCGAUGCUCGGCCUCCCACUCUCCCGUACCUGGAGUACUCUGUGCCUGCGAACAACUACGUCGACUUCAAUCUUUACUCGCCGGAGCCAAGCUUCUUGGAUGACGAUGUCGCGCUGCUUACCGAUAUUGGUUCUGCCUUCGGCAGGGACCAGGACACUCUUUCUCCGCGUAGUCGCCUGGCUCAAGGUCGCCAGUCAUCAUCCUCACCGGAAGCGCAUAUCGAUCCUUCGCCUGUGGCACCAUAUGAUCAGCUGGUUGACUACGGUGCAACAUCGAGUGGAAGCUUCCUGGGAGGACCCAACCUUGAGGGUAGUCAUCGUCGUUCGAUUCCACGUAGCGGUGUACGUCUGGCUUCAACGGCAUUCCUUGGAGGGUCAGAGAACUUAGAUCCAUCCACUGGUGAACAGAGCGUCUCACAGGUGCGUUUCGUUUGGUUGACGCAGCAACAACUUAUAUUGACCAUCGAACAGAGCGAUUCCGUGUCUCAGACCAGUGUUUUCAACAGCUUCUCAUCGGCCCAAACCGUUCGCUUAUCACACGGGACGGAUGGAAACCUUCAACCAACCCAAUCCCAUGUACCACUUCCACAUGUCACAUCUUCCCCAGAUGGCGUACGGCAAGGGGCAACUGCAACACAUGCGAUUAUAUCCGGAGCAACUAGUCGCAUACCAGCGUCCUCGGUAUCCGCACCUUCAGGCUUCUCGAGCUCGCUCGAGGAGCUGUCUUAUUACGCGCAGACUACAAUGACAGCAACUGGUAGCGGCGAUUGCGGAGUUACCGAAAGUGGAGCGACUGGCACUUCAUCGACUGUCCACCUACAGGCAUCUGCCCCGAGGUUGUCAGGAAGCCGUAACACUGCCGCGCCACUCAGCUUUGAGUACUACGUCUCUCCAGUCUUCGGACUAAGCGGAGUGCAAUCCCUCGCAGCAUUUGUAACGGGCGAGAGCUUCGACUGGAAGCGCCACGCCCGUGUCAACAAGUCGUCCAACUCGCAGUUACUCAUUUGUACGGUAUUGCUUGUGGCGACGUUCGGCAUGUUUGCCAGUUGGCUUGAGGCGCAAGCAGCUGUAUACGGAUUCCUCCAAAUCGCUCUUGGUUUGGCCAUUUACAAGGCCUACCAAUUCACCUCUAGUCAUCCUGACUCGAGACCGCAACAGAGCCGUCUCAGUACCACGCCAGAGCCGCAGGGCUUUAGCGACGGCGCGAGGCUACUCUCCUGUGUCAGCACGAGAUUGCGACAUACCUGUCGCCAGAACCAGGGCACCCAUUGCUGGGUUAUACCGGCAAGGAUGCCAAGGAUUCUGGGCCUCGCACAAGGGUUCGUAUGA